CUAAAAAUAUAGUUAUCAAGUUAAGUAAAAUGUCAAUAGACUUUUAAUUUAAUUUUCAUUGUUUUACCAUUCUUUAUAAUGAUAAAAAAUAUUAAGUCUAUACUUUUUUAUUUAAUGUACAGAAUACAGAUAUACAUAAGAUACAUAAAUACAUACACAGUAUAAAUGUGAUUAAAAUAUAAUGGGAGAUUUCAUCAGAAAAAAAAAGUCUCUAAAAAGGCUCUGGGGUUGGAGAGGAAGGAAGCAAUAAUGAAAAAAAAUGUGGUGAGAAAAAAGACUUCAAACCCAUUUAAAGAAUGCGUAAAGAAAGGAAAAAGAGAAAUAGAAACUAACAUGGGCAUUUGGAAAGUAGAAAAUAGUAUGUUCCCUAUUUAAGGCUAUGCACAAAGCAAGGUCUUCAGAGAGCCUGGAGCCUAAGGUUCAGGUUCACCCAUUUCAACCAAAAUAGCAGCAUCUGCAACAACUACAAUGGCCUUGACCUUUCCUUUACUGAUGGCCCUCAUGGUCCUCAGCUACAAGUCAAGCUGCUCUCUGGACUGUAAUCUGCCUCAAACCCACAGCCUGGGUAACAGGAGAACUUUGAUGCUCCUGGCACAAAUGAGGAGAAUCUCUCCUUUCUCCUGCCUGAAGGACAGACAUGACUUUGAAUUUCCCCAGGAGGAGUUUGAUGGCAACCAGUUCCAGAAGGCUCGAGCCAUUUUUGUCCUCCAUGAGAUGAUCCAGCAGACCUUCAACCUCUUCAGCACAAAAGACUCAUCUGCUGCUUGGGAUGAGACCCUCCUAGACAAAUUCCGCACUGAACUUUACCAGCAGCUGAAUGAAUUGGAAGCCUGUGUGAUGCAGGAGGUGGGGGUGACAGAUACUCCCCUGCUGAAUGAGGACUCUACUCUGACUGUGAAGAAAUAUUUCCAAAGAAUCACUCUCUAUCUGAAAGAGAAAAAAUACAGCGCUUGUGCCUGGGAGGUUGUCAGAGCAGAAAUAAUGAGAUCUUUUUCUUCAUCAACAAACUUGCAAAAAGGUUUAAGAAGUAAGAAAUGAAACCUGGUUCAACGUGGAAAUGAUUCUAAUUGACUAACACACCAGCUCACCUUUCUAUGAUCUUCCAUUUCAAAGACUCAUGCUUCCCCUUUGACCAUGACACCAUGUCAAUCUUUUCAAACGUUUUUAGGAGUAUUAAGCAACAUUGUAUUCAGCUCUUAAUGCACUAGUCCCUUACGGAUGACUAUGCUGACUGAUCUAUUAUCUAUUUAAAUAUUAUUUGAAUAUUGUUUAUUUAACUAUUUAUAAGACUUAACUUAGUUUUGUUCAUAUUACAUCAUGUGCACCUUUGCACUGUGGUGAAUGUAAUAAAAUAUGUUCUUUGUAUUUAGUAAAUUUAUUUUGUUUUUUCCUUGAAAUUUUACUAUGGAAAUUUUUUGUACUUGUUUAUUCUUUAAAAUGAAAUUCCAAGCCUGACUGUGCAACCUGAUUAAAGAAUAAAUGGUACACUUCAUUUAUUUAUCAACAUUAUAUUCAAAUAAAUGUAAAAAUAAACUUUCUGUAAAGCAGGUUGUAUGUUGUACUCAAGAUAACAAGGUGAACCUAACAAAUACAAUUCUGCUCUCUUGUGUAUAUUAUUUUUGUAUAAAAAACUAAAAACAGAAAUCAUACUUAAUAUGGAAAAUGGUAUGAAGAGACUUCUACUCUGCAGAAGGUAGAUUAAGGUAUGUGAGGAAAUAAAACACAGAGAUAUCCUCGUUAAGUUCAUUAGUAUACAUCUAGUAGAAAAUGUCCAUUGCCAGUUAUUUACAUGUUUGUAAUUUAUAAGGAAUGUGAUUGCUGGGGUUUCAUAUGUAAUAAGGGGAAGCCAGUAAUUCAAGGUAAUAGUGUGUGAAGAGAAUGUAGAGAGAAAAAAAGGGUUUAAAUGUGAUUAUGAGGACCUUUCACUUUUUUUUUUUUUCUGAGACGGAGUUUCGCUUGUUACCCAGGCUGGAGUGCAAUGGCGCAUUCUCGGCUCACCACAACCUCCGCCUCCUGGGUUCAAACGGUUCUCCCGUUUCAGCCUCCCAAGUAGCUGGAAUUACAGUCAUGUGCCACCAUGCCUGGUUAAUUUUUUUUGUAUUUAUUUUGUAGAGACAGGGUUUCACCAUGUUGGCCAGGAUGGUCUCGAUCUCCUGACUUCGUGAUCCACCCGCCUCGGCCUCCCAAAGUGCUGGGAUUACAGGCGUGAGCCACCAUGCCUGGCCCGUCCUUUCACUUUUAAAGAGAGGGGAGAGAAGAGCCACAAAGGAAAACAGGUGGAAUGGCUGCACACUAGAAGGCAACUAGAGGAAAAGGUAAUGAAAGCGUAUUUAGAAAGAAAAAUGCUUGAGCUUAGGAGUUCAAGGCUGCAGUAAGCCAUGAUCGCAACACUGCACUCAGGCCUGGAAGAUAGAGGAGGAGGGACCACAUCUCAAAAUAAACAAACAGAAGGAAAUAAACGUACUGAGAAGAGGAUUUAGUGGAUUUGCCCAACGUGUGGCUUGAAACUGCUGACUAACUGGGAAAUAGAUGGCACUGGCACCCUUAGUGAGGAUUGGUUGGAUAAAAUUAAUACACAGAAGAAGACAGAAGUGGAAGUGUAAAUAAGGUAAGGUAGUGACCUGAAGUAGAGAAAGAAAUAGAAGAAUGCGGGUUAUUUUUUCUGUGCACAAUUUUUCUUUUUACAAUGUAUAUUUUUCUGAAUAGAUUUCAUGUAAUUGAGGUACUGGAAAAUGACAUUAAUAUAUUUCAUAUAUUUAUUUUAAAUUACGGAAUAUUUAAUUGCAACAGUACUUUAUCAGUUUUAAUUAAUACUACUGUGAAUAUGAGAAAGAUGCCUACUUUGGUUAAUUUUUUAGGCAGGAAUAGGUAACUACUUCAAUCUUUCAUUUAAAUAUUCAAUUAAUAUUGACAAUAUAAUGGUUACUGCAAUUACUGGCUUUAUUAAGUUAUUUAGCUUGUGCCAUUGUCAUGCUGGUUUACUACAAUUUGACUGCAAUUCUCUGGUAGAGCCAGAUAUGAUAAGAACUCUUUGGUAAUUUUUCCUCAUUUUAUGAAUAUUACACUCUUACAUUAAUCCAAAAAUAACUAAAUUACCAUAAGCACAUAAACUGGCAAACUUUCUUCACAAAUUAAAUUGGGAAACUGGAUCAGAGAAUCUCUUCCCCAAUACUUAAGGGAAAAAAAUUAGUCAAACCAGCUAAAAAUACAUCCUGAAACAGAAAGUACCAAAGAGUUGUGUAUAAUUCAGGAGUACAAGGAGACUUAACAAUUGUAAUAGAAAUCCAGAUACAAAACUGACAAAAUCACGCAUAAUUUACAUUAAAGACUUUGAUAUUGAAAUUUCAUUUUUCUUGGAUGUAUGUGUGAUGUUGGUCAACCCAUUUAAUCUCUCUGAGCUUCACUCCUCUCAUAAAAAUUGGGUGCAAAAUAUUUAUAUAGUUGUGAGUAUUAAAAAAACAUGAAUUUUUAAGCACCUACCACAGUAUCUUCCAUCAAGUAAGAAGUUAAAAUAUCAUAGAUGUUUCCCUGUUUUUCUUCAGAUGGCUGUAGAUGAGGACAUUGUUUAUCUUUCUAUAAAAUUCUUAGGAUCUGUGUUCUAUUUAUCACUAAGUGACCGCCAAUGGAGGCAGCCUAAAAAAACUAGAUUCUGUUAUCAUCUAUAGAGAGGUUGAAAAAUGGUCACUCCUAAUUUCAAAGAAAUGACCUAUUUAUAUGUGGUCAAGGAAUGCUUGCUUGUAUAAAUACCUGAGACAGGAGAAUAAACAUAUAGAUUGAAGUGCAGAAGACAUGUGAUGUUUAUUUACUGAUUCAGGCACUUGGCACAUUCCCUCCCUGGCUCUCAGCGUUCCAGGAGGCACUUCCAUAUCACCAGGGUUUCCUUUCUUUCCAAGGUGGAUUCCCUGUGGUACCCUGGUCAUUCAUUCCCUUGAAUUUCCUGCCCAUUCACACAGAGAAGCUUUCUGUUACAUUGUGGUUCUGGCUUCAGAUAGCUUCCCUAAAGAGCAGAAUGCCACAUGGAGAAAGCAGAAGUGAGAUAAAACUUCUAGGUUUACAGAAACAGCUGCAAGAAGGGUUUCUAGAAUCUCCAUUGAAUAUGACAUAACAGUAGCUUAGUAAAAAGGAAAGAGAAAGCAGAAUUCAGUUCAUGUGUAGGCUCCUGCAAACCUCUCAGGGGAAAAGAGUCCCCUGGGGCCAAGUAUGACAGGGCAGCAACCAAGACUGGAGAGCAGGUUUCUCAUCUAUGAAGAAAUCCUUCCAGUUCAGGGGAUUUCUCCACAUGCUGCAAAAAGGCUACUUCUUAGCCAGAAGAGAUACUCAUGCGGACAUAAGCAUAUCUCCUUACCCUUGGUCUAUUACAAAGAGAAUGAGUUUCUGGCUGCAGUCAGGGAAUGGACUACUUGGGAUUUCCAGUUAUAGGGACAGAGAGACUGCAUUCCCGGCAGACCAGUCUAUGCUCCCUAGAAUCGGCCUUUCCACAUGCAUUAGGACUCCUGGGGACACACAGAGCUGCCACUUUGGAUUGAAACUUAAUACUAUUCACAAAAAUAUCAUGUUUAUUUAGUGCAUUAAACUCUUGAAAAGGCAAUCUUAUUUUCACAGAUUCAUUCCUAAUAACAGAGUUCAAACUUUAAUCAAAACAUUUUCUCAUUGUCACUUUAGAUAGUAAUCUUGACAGCUCAACUCAGCAAUGAAAACUGUGCCUAGUUAGCAAAAGGGAAAAAUCCCACAGAAGCUAAGGAAUAUAAAAGAAUAUUAUUAUUAUUCUCUCUAAGAGCUAGUGAGGUCCGUUUAUUCAAAUGUAUCAAUUUUGGUAGAAUUUGAGAGACAUUCCUAUAAUUGGCACCAUGUUUCCAUGGAGGUAUUUCCCAGGAAGUGUGUGUGACUUGCUGAGGUAGCAGGGAUGAAGAGCACAGGGGUCUCUUGAAUCUUAUCCUUAAACUACA